ACACCUCCCAGCUCCGAGCGACUUUGCUACACUGCACUGCACUACACAACACAACACACACACAUACAUACACACAUACACCAUGGGAGUGUGGGCUGCGCUGGUGCUGCUCUCCGCUUGGACUCUCCUCUUGUGCCCCGACGCAACGGCCUGCGGCCCGGGCAGAGGCUACGGCAACAGGCGCAGGCACAACCGUAAACUGACGCCGCUCGCCUACAAGCAGUUCAUCCCCAACGUGGCCGAGAAGACCCUGGGGGCGAGCGGCAAGUCGGAGAGCAAGAUCAACCGGAACGCGUCGCGCUUCAAGGACCUGAUCCCCAAUUACAAUCCCGACAUCAUCUUCAAAGACGAGGAGAAAUCCGGAGCGGACAGGCUCAUGACACAGCGUUGCAAGGAUAAGCUGAAUGCGCUGGCCAUAUCGGUGAUGAACCAGUGGCCGGGAGUCAGACUGAGAGUGACAGAAGGCUGGGAUGAAGACGGCCACCACUCGGUGCAGUCGCUGCACUACGAGGGGCGUGCGGUGGACAUCACCACCUCGGACCGAGACCGCUCCAAGUACGGCAUGCUGGCCCGCCUGGCCGUCGAGGCUGGCUUCGACUGGGUCUACUACGAGUCCAAGGCUCACAUCCAUUGUUCAGUGAAAUCAGACCAUUCAAUGGCGGCCAAGACGGGCGGCUGUUUCCCCGGCAACGCCAGCGUGCUGAUGGCGGACGGAAGGAGGAAGAACGUGUCGGAGCUGCAGGCGGGAGACCGGGUCCAGACGGUGGACAGCGGGGGCCGCCUCACCUUCAGCCGCUUCCUCACCUUCCUGGACCGGGAGCCGGAGGCGGUGAAGCUGUUCCACGCCAUCGAGACGCGGGACCCGCCGCGCCGGCUGCUGCUGACCGCCGCCCACUUGGUCUUCGUGGCGGACAACCACACCCUGGACCUCGGGCGAUUCCGGCCCGCCUUCGCCAGCGAGGUGCGGCCUGGCCAGUACGUGUACACGGCGGGCGGCGGCGGCGGCAACGGCAGCAACGGCAACGACCACCGGGGGCCGGCACGGGUUACGGCGGUGACUGUCGGGGCCGGGGUCGGGGCAUACGCCCCACUCACCCAGCACGGCACGCUGGCGGUGGACGGCGUCUUGGCCUCCUGCUACGCCGCUGUGGACGCACACGACCUGGCGCACUGGGCCUUCGCCCCGCUCCGCCUCUGCUACCGGGUGUCCGCCAUCUUAGGAAGCAAAGCACCCCCCCCGCCGAAGGCCCACUACCCGCAUGGCGUGCACUGGUACUCCCGGCUACUCCACCGGCUGGGCAAGCUCCUGCUCAGCCCCGGGCGCUUCCACCCGUGGGGAGUGGCGCAGGGUUGAGCCCGGGAUGGGGGGCGGAGAACGCAAGGAGGACUUCUUCACCCAAGGGGGAGUAAAGAGGGGCGCGCAGGAGCCUACGCCUGGUGUGCGUGUGUGCGUGUGUGUCCCCAACCUCCCCCAUCACCACCACCGCCACCCCUCACCACCCCUGCAAGUGAACAAGGGGAGGGGGUACAACUCAGGCAAUCGGGGAGAACGUUCCCCAGUGUGUGUGUGCGUGCGUGCGGACUGACCCCACAACUGAUGGACCAUGGCUUCAAGAACACCCUUCCUCACCCAAGGUUGGAAGAAGACCUCCAGGUUUUCUACUGGAGCUGAGAUUUGGAACGAAGGACAAAACUCUCGCCUAUGUUGUCCUUGACUUUGACCGAAUUAUCCAGAGACCUCCCUUGAGACAAAGAGGUCCACCUUCAAGGGUUUGCUCCUUGCCGGAGACACGGUGUCGAAAGGAGCUGAAGAUAACUGGAAAUGUGUGGACUCAGUCUCGAAGCCGAGACUGGAAGCCAAGUGCUCUGGCCUUAUAGCUAUCGUUUGCAGUAUUUGUGAUACAUCAAUGGCGUGCCCUCACGGUACGGGAACACUGGUACACGGGCCCUGCUCUCGGACGCAGCGGCGGACGCUACAAACAUUGGGCAGAUGUGGGAAUUUAAUGACGAUGGAACAACUGACAACGCAUCUGGAACAGGUGUAUGACUCCCAAUACCACAGAUGCAUAUCACCCAGUGCAGGGACUUGCGUUUUGGAAACUUGAGGGGGCUGUCCCACUUGGCGAUUUUUUUUCGGCCACUGCCGGCAUCGUAUCAGCGUUUCGCCGGAAGAUUUUGAAUGUUUCGAAAUCCAGCGGCGAGCAAAAGAAAUGUCGCGACACGUGAAAAAAAAUCGGCGCACGUAUAUCCGCCGUCAUGUUUGGCGAUCUGACACUGACACGUCAGCCAAUGAUGCCGGGCAGUCGCCGAAAAAAAUCGGCCAAGCCCUUCACAGUGUGGAAACAUGCCCUACA